UCGAAGCUCAUAAUCACAACUUUAGCAUACUCUUAGGACUGCCAAAAUCUUUCACCACUAUCAGUCAGCUGAAAUCCCAGAGUGUCACAGUGAAGUUUCUGUGUUUAUCAAUCCGGACCUUGCCUGGAGUUUGAAAUUUGUGCUGAAUCUUUGAGAAGCUUGGAGGUUGCGACAGUCUUCUAGUUCACAUCAUCGAAAACCAUCGGACUUAGUGAUGGGGCUCGUGCGGAUCAUGGGACCUGCGUGCUGCGAUUUGAUAUUAUUGACGAUGUUCAUACUGAUGGUAGGUGCUGUCCAAGCAGCUGAUCCAGAUCCCCUCCAGGAUUUCUGUAUUGCAGAUCUUAGUCACAAAUCUGGACAGGGGUAUUUUUUGAAUGGCUACCCGUGCAAGGAUCCGGCAACAGUCAGGGCAGAAGACUUCAUCUUCAAGGGCUUGAAAGAUGCCAGCAUAAUUUCACCUGAAAAUCCCUGGGGCGCAUCGGCAAAUCUCGCCUUCGCCCGUCAUUGGCCCGCUUUGAACACGCUCGGAGUCGCGUUGGUGCGCCUUGAUUUGAUUCCAGGUGGUGUCAUUGCCCCACACACUCACAACCUGGCCACUGAGAUUGUGUUCGUCACAGCGGGAGAGCUGUACAUCGGAUUCGUGGCCAACAGUGACGACGUUAGCGCUCCCAACAAGCUGUUCGCUGGGAUGGUGAAGGCCGGAGAGGCGUUCGUUAUCCCCAGAGGCUUGGUGCAUUUCCAGAUGAACAAAGGAACGAAGAAUGCUUCGACAAUCAACUUCCUCAACUCUCACAAUCCGGGAAUCUCAUUUCUCCCUCUCACUCUGUUUGGAGCCCAGCCAGCUGUGGAUCCGGCUCUGCUGGCGAGGUCUUUCGCAGUCAACGAAACCGCAGUGUCUGCUCUAGAAAGUUUAUGGUCUAAUUUCAGUGGUUUGUUUGUGUAAGGCUUAGAAGUUGAAUGGGACACCGUAGACUAGCUAGACUGCGCUUGUACGCAGACAUGGCUGUGAUUGUCAGCACAUCUGCUUGUCCAGAUUGCAACAAUAACAUGAAGUAGCUUGGAUUUCUACAGCACGCUCUUUAUCCAGAUGUGACUUGCAAGAAGUCAGCAGUG